AUGAAUCGACGAUUAUCGAGUGUGUUGAAGAAGCCAUCUGGUCCACGAUCUUCAAGUAUUCUCUGUUCGGUUUGUUCAUGUUAUCGUUCGUCACAAUUAUUUGUUACUGACUAUUGUUGCUCACCAUUGACAAAACAUCACAAACGGCAAGUGUGCGACUCUUGUCUUCAUCAGCAUGUACUUUCACAACUUUACUCUUGUUUGACAAAUUCAAUUGUGUGUCCAGAAUUAAGGUGCCUUGCAAAAUUGUCGCAGUCGGCCAUUUGCGAUAUUCUAUUGAAGUACAAAAGUCAUGAUUUACUGAACGAUUAUCUACGCGAACAACAAUGGGAAGGCAAAAGCGACGAAUGGGUUAAAAGAUUUGCAGCACGUUGUCCUGGUUGUGAUAUUCCAAUAGAAAAGAACGGAGGAUGUGACGAAAUGAUUUGUAUUCGUUGUCAAACGCACUUCUACUGGUCGAAAGCAAAGCGCUAUGUACAUGAGACGAAACUAUUCGAAUGUCAAUCGUUUCUCAUCGUUCAUCCAUUUGCAGGUGGAAUGAUUUUUGUGUUAAUAUUUCUUGUUUUAAUCUUAACUGUUGCUAUUUUCUUUAAAUAA